AGUUGAUCGCAUUUGAAGCAACAACACAGCAGAAAAAAAAACACAAAGAAAUCAAUAAGAAAAGGCAGAACCUAUUCAUAUCCGUCAAAGCAAGCCAUCAAAAGCAGAUCACCGGCCGCAAACUUGAGACACGGGUCUUUCAAUAAAACUUCACAAAGUCACCCACAUUCGCUCACCAAAAAUACCAUUAUCAUUGUCUAUUCCUCGUCUGUAACCAAACUCCUGACGUCAGCACACACAGACUAUGCCGAGAAUAUCUCUGGGCAUUCCCAUGAUAGAAUUUUUGAAAAAUCGUAUAUACCUAGGUGCAUAUGACUAUGCCCCAGAAGACACAUCCGAUUUGGUGUAUUUCACUGUGGAAGAUUCCUUGCCCUACAACGCGUUCCACUUAGAUUUUGGCCCGUUACAUAUAGGAACUCUAUACCGCUUCGCCGUAGUGCUUCAUAAUAUCUUGAACGAGGUUGGAAACCUGGGAAAAGCCGUGGUCUUCUACAGCUCCACAUCCCCAAAAGAGCGAGCAAACGCUGCUUGUCUACUUGCGUGCUACAUGGUGCUUGUUCAAUCAUGGGCUCCUCAUCAAGUCUUACAACCAAUCUCACAAGUCGAGUUUCCCUUUGCGCCAUUUAGAGACGCGGGUUAUUCUUCCGCCGACUUUGAAAUCACGAUCCAGGACAUAGUUUAUGCUUUGUGGCGGGCGAAAGAACGCGGAAUGAUUGACUUGACCACGUUCAAUUUGGAGGAAUACGAACAAUAUGAGCGCGUGGACCAGGGGGAUUUCAACAACAUAUCCAAAGACUUUAUUGCAUUUGCGUCCCCGCAGCAAAGUUCCAGAAGACCAGGCAGUUUAAAUGAACCUUUCAAAAAAGUCUUGAACUAUUUUAUGAGCAAUGAUGUGCAGCUUGUUGUGCGUCUUAACUCGCACUUAUACAAUGCUGAGGAAUUCACCAAAAGGAACAUUCAGCACAUCGACAUGAUUUUUGAAGAUGGCACCUGUCCCACUUUAGAAUAUGUGCACAAGUUUAUUGGUGCCGCGGAGUGUGUCAUAAAUAAAGGAGGCAAAAUUGCCGUUCAUUGCAAGGCUGGUUUAGGAAGAACAGGUUGCCUUAUUGGGGCACACCUCAUUUACACUCAUGGUUUCACUGCGAGUGAAUGUAUCGCAUAUAUGAGAAUGAUUCGUCCAGGAAUGGUGGUUGGACCGCAGCAACAUUGGUUGUAUUUACACCAGAAUGACUUUAGGGAUUGGAGACAUACGAUGUGCCUUGACAACAGACCAGAUCCAUUUAUUGGUGGCCUUUUCUCCAUGGUGCCGUACGAAGAUUUCAAAGCUAGGAUGAAACAAGAAGCUAAGCAACGGCGACUUCGAGAUCAACAAAUGAACUCAUCCUAUGCGAGCAACUUUGAUUCAUCUUUCAACACUCCGACGAGAAGAAGAAAAAUCAGCGGUGCCUUGGCCUCCAAAAUACAGAGUGUGGUUCCGAUAGAGUCUCCAGGUCAGCCGAGAAAAUAUAAGGAAGCAGACACCUCUAUUGUCCACGAUGUAUUGAACAACUCAGAUGAUGAUGGCGAGGCGAUGCAAGGUGUUGAAAACACUUUUGAUAUGGUGGAAGAAGAGAUCAAUCCCGGCGAUGCCCAAAUCACCCAUAGUUCGCCCAAACGAGACAUAAACGACUGGAAGGUAUUGAGGUCUCUCUCCACAAACAGCACGGGUCAACCCUUGUCAAUGACCAAAACUACCACUACGACGACCACAAGAACAGUAAGCACAACCUUGAGCUCUUCGCCAACCACGCCCAAGAUACCCAAGUCGCGGUCUGGUACGAAAGUCCUCCCGGGCAUUCUUCCGGGCAAGAAUGCUUCCAGAAUCCACUCUGGUGGAAUAAGAAAGGUGAGUGGUAAAAAGUUUUGA